GCUGAUUACUUACCACUCCCACGGACAUGUUGUGUCACUGUCAGCUAGUGAUACAGUAAUCUUCCUCACCUACACUUACUCUCAUCGAGACUCUCUCCAUCCUCACCCUACCAACUACAGCUUUCACACAAAUGACCACCCCAACCACCCGACAAUGGCUCGCAUCCCUCCUCGAGCCCGGCCAAAUCCUGUCCAUGGCCGUAAAAAGCUACCUGAUUGUAUGCCUGGAGGCCAUACUGGAAGGCCGCAUCCUCGCCCCUCUCCUUGAAACCCAGCGCCUGCGUGACGAAGCCUUCGGGCGCUUCUGGGUUGCGUUUAGCGGGCAGCAGCAACAACAACAACAACCAACCCAAGACCAACCAGCAGAACCAACAGCAAUCCAAGGCUCCGCCGACCUCAUCCCGCCCCUCCUCGCCACAGCGCGCGGCAUCACCCUCGACCUCGGCCCCGGCACAGGCACGCAGAUGCCCCACCUCCGGUCGCCGGCCAUCACCGCCCUCUACGGGGUCGAACCCUGCCAUCAUCUGCACGCGACUCUCCGCGUCCGGGCCGAGACGGAAGGCGUCAGCGAGAAGUAUACGAUUCUCGGGUGUAGUGCUGCGCCGGAUCAGCUGGUGCCUGUGUUGCAGCAGCGGGGUUUGGUCGCAGCGGUCGAUACCAUCCUCUGCGUGCGGGUGCUGUGCUCGGUGCCGGAUUUGGAGGGCACGGUGCGCGGGCUGUAUUCGCUGCUGAAGCCGGGUGGGAGGGUGAUUGUUGUGGAGCAUGUGGUUAAUUCGGGACUUCAAGGGACGGGGUCCGUCGUGGCUAGGGUCGUGCAGGGGCUGUAUGAGUUGCUGGGAUGGCGGUGGUUUGUGGGGGAUUGUUGUCUGACGAGGGAUACGGAGGGGGCACUGAGGGGGGCUGCCGCGGAGGAUGGCGGGUGGGAAAGGGUCGAGCUGCGAAGGUAUUUUGGGGAGGGGGUCAUGCCAUAUGUUGCUGGAGUUUUGGUCAAGAAGGGGAGAACAGAGGGGAAGAAAGAGGGGACAGUUGAUGAGGGAUUGCGGAGGAGGUAA